AUGUUGUCCCAGGUCCAGCGCGGCGGUUCUAGUCAGCGAUGGAGAAGCGCCAUCGGUGUGAUGGCACAUACAGAUGGAACAGGGAAACCGUCGUGUGGUAAGGAUCAAGGGAUUACCCCAUCCAUUGCGGCUUCCCACUCCGUUCACUCCGUGCCUGUGCCCGUGUGUCCCUUCCUUCCCUUGCCACAGAUUAAAAUCUCCGGGGGGAGGAGGCGCCUCACGCGCGUCGGUGUUACUCGGCCGAAUACCACGUAUAUCGCGGUCAUGGGGUUCACAGGGUCACAGGGUAAAUGGGCAAGGGCUUUCUACUUGCAGCGAAGAACAUGGUCGGCGAACGACCCAAUACUGUGGACUCGGUCGUUCGGCCUGUUCGGACUUCUCGGACAACGGACGGGGUACUUGGAAGGUAAGGGUCUUGGUCCCGGGGCUGUGGAAGGGGGUUUGACGACGAUCAUUGGUCGUGUAAGAGGGAUUUUCUUCUUCCGUCAGAACUAG